CAUUAGCUCGUGCUGUAGUUUCGUCGAUUAUCAGUGGAUACGAUCUGACUUCACGCCAAAUCGUUGUUUUUUUUACUGGACGUCGCGAUAUAUCCACACACCCAUGUAGAGCUUAUUUUGUACGUGUAACCAAGAGAGUUUUAAGCAUGUACAUAUAUACGUAGAAAUCACUUUGUGCGCAGAUUUGCACGUCGACGUUGUCGCCAUUUUGAAUGUGGCAAACUGAAGCGGGUUGGAGAACAAGAUGCCUCAUUCGUGUUCUGUCUUGACUUGUGGCAACCGGUUUACAGUCGAAUCCAGAGCCCGUGGGAUUACAUUUCACAGGUUUCCCAAAAAUGAAGUGAUGAGAAGAAAAUGGGAAAGAGCUGUCCGGAGGAAAGGUUUCUCUGCCAGUUCGUCGAGCAUGCUGUGCAGUGAGCACUUCAGACCGGAGGACUUCGACAGAACAGGUCAGACAGUCAGGCUCCGAGAUGGAACCGUUCCCGUCUCCUGUUUCAAAGCUCCUGCCAAAAAGGGUUCACUUAAGCCUGCGGCUACCAGGAUGUCUCGGACCUCUACGAAGGCACGGGAGACCCUGCCUCCGCCCGCAAUCCAGUGUGUGCCCAAAUCUGCGCCCACGGUUGUUCCCACAGUUGACCACGCCUACGCUUCAACACCUGAAGAACUGCGGAUCAAACUCAGUGAAGCCUUGGCGAGGGUGGAGAGUCUGGAAAGAGAGAAGAGGAACGCCAAGGACAGAGAGAGGAGGGCGAGGAACACCGUCAGUUGUCUUCUGGAGGAUCUCGAGGUGAAGAAAAUCAUGAAUGAGGAAUUGAAAGAGCGGCUCGAUAUAUACGCAGAUCUUCCAGUUCACCUCCUGUCCAAAAACAGCCACGAAUAUACCAAAGAACAACGGGACUUUGCCACAACUCUCCACUUUCAUGGUCCGAAGGCGUACGACUACCUGCGAGAGUGUCUGCAUAUUAAUCUCCCGCAUCCAAAUACAUUGCAAAGGUGGAUGAGCUCUGGGGAGGCCAAGCCUGACCUCAACAUGACAAUGCUGGACACCAGAGGAGAAGAGGACGACCCAGCUAAAUAUUUAGGUGGACGAGCAGCCGUCCGGGAGAACAUGGAGCUCUCCCAAGUCAAUGAGCUUCCCUACGAGGACUUUGUGAACAUUUUCGGCAACGUGGUGGAGAGGUGCCCCAUCGUGGCGGCGGCCGUGUGCUCCCAGCGUCCCUUCGCCGACAUCGACGCUUUCGAGGCGACCAUCUGCGACUUCAUCGACGCUCUGUCCGAAGCGGGCAAAGAGGGGAUCCUCAGGUGCCACCCGGACCUCGCGGGCCGCGACUUCAAGGCCGGCACCUUGACCCAAGAGUCCGUGAGCGAGCAGGCCAACGUGGGCUUCAACGCGCUGAGCUCAGAGGAUACCGCCACCAUGUCCUGCUGGAACGAAGAGUACAAGGAGCGCUUCGGCUUCCCGUUCGUCAUCUGCACCCUCAUGAGCGACAAGGCCAGCAUUUUCCAGGAGAUGCGCGUCCGCAUCGCAAACGGGUGCACAGAGGAGAGAGCGUGCGCCAUUGAGGAGGUCAAGAAAAUAUGUCGUCUGCGUCUUCGGAACCUCGUGCACGCUGACGCCAAAUUUGAAUUUUAACUUACAUGGUAAAUGAUAAAUGCAUAUGCAUAUUUGUAUGUUUGAAUGGUCAAAUUAGGUUCACCAGUAAAGGUUAUAGUGCAUUUUUGGUUUCAACCUGAAAUUUCAGCCCAAAGCCCAAUAUCACAGAUUUUGCAUAUAUUUGGUUAUAUGUAAAGUUUUCCCUCUGUAGUUUGUUUGAUAAGUAGACUGACACUCUGGGGAUCCAACUAUUUGAAUACAACCAU